ACAGAAUCAUAUUGAGAAGGUUAUAAAUAUAUAGAUCAUAUUUAACUUUCUUCUCUUGAUCACUACUGCUUGUCACCACUUGAUCAAAACAAAAAAGAGAAGAGAGAAACAAAUCAAUGGCUGAGGCUGCAGUGGGUUUUCUAAUCCAGAAACUUGGUGAUCUAUUAGUGCAAGAAGCCAUCAAUUUGCACGGAGUGAGAGACGAAGUGGAGUGGUUGGAACGAGAACUGCGGCGGAUGCAGUGCUUCUUAAAAGAUGCAGAUGCAAAGAAGAGCCAGGGAGAUGAUGAGAGAGUGAAGAACUGGGUCAGUGACAUGAGAGAUAUGGCUUUUGAAGUUGAGGACAUCGUUGACACUUUCAUGUAUUGCAAGCUGCGUAGACAACAGAGGCAGUCUGGUUGCAUUGGUUUCAUCAAGAGGUUUGUAUUUAUAAUUGAUGAAUUGGUGAGUAGACACAAGGUUCAUGUGGAUGUUGAAGGGAUAAAAACUAAGUUGCAAGAGCUAUCUCGAAGUAGAGAAGUAUAUGGCAUUGAAACAAUUGGCACAACUAGUCAGUCUAAAAGUCAAGGCAUGAUUCCUAUAUUGCCCCAGCUGAGUGAUGACAUUGAUAUGGUUGGCUUUGAUGAUGAGAAGAAAAAGAUUGUGCAAGAGUUAGUGGACAUAAACAAUACAAAUCGGUCAGUGAUCUCUAUAGUGGGUAUGGGUGGUUUGGGAAAGACCACACUUGCUAAAUCUAUUUAUAAUGAUUUUGAAGUUAAGAGAAGUUUUGAUAUAUUUGCAUGGGUAAUCAUAUCUCAACAAUAUACCAUCCAUGAGGUUUUGAAGAGAAUCUCAUCAAAAAUUUUAGCAACUCCAUCAGCUGACACAAUCCAAGACCUCUCGGUUGCUAUUUUUGAAAAAUUGAAGAAAGGCAAGUACUUGAUUGUUCUUGAUGAUGUUUGGAAAGAAGAUGUAUGGAAUGAAUUACUUAAAGUCUUUCCAAAUGUUAAUAAAGGAAGUAGAGUUAUUAUUACUACUCGCAUCACAAAUGUUGCUAAGAUUGCUAAUCCUACUACCAAAUCACAUGAAUUGCGUUGCUUAGAUGAAAAGGAGAGUGGGGAGUUGUUUCUUCGCAAGGUCUUCCCAAAGUGUGGAGGUCUACCACUAGCACUAGUAGUUCUUGGAGGACUUGUCUCAACUAAAACCACAAACCCAAGAUGCAUGGCGGGAAAGUUGUUGAGACAUGAAAAUGGAGGCAAUUUGUGGAAGGUGGAGAAAGGUGUAGAAAUACUUGCAUUGAGUUACAAUGAUUUGCCAUAUUACUUGAAAUCAUGUUUUCUUUAUUUUGGUUGCUUCAAAGAGGAUGAGGAAAUUCCUACACAACUAAUAAUUAGAUUGUGGUCAGCAGAAAGUUUCUUACCAACAAAAAAUGGUAAAAGCAUAGAAGAAUUUGGAUUUGAUUGUUUGGAGGAGUUAGCACAACGAUGUUUGAUCCAAAUUACCGUGCUAAAAAAUCGUGAUAGCAUAAAGUAUUGCCGAAUCCAUGAUCUCUUGCGUGACAUGUGCAUUUUAGAAGCCAAAGAGAACAAAUUUCUUGAAAUUUCCCAAAAUGACACUACAGAUUGUGCAGCCCGACGACUGAUCAUAUUUAAUGAGAUUGAGACUCUAAACUAUCCUAACUCAAAGUUGCGGGGUCUAUUCUAUGGCAAUAGUUAUAACCUUCUGCCUUUUAGAGCUCUGAAAGGACAACUUGGCAGAUUUAAAUUACUAAGAGUGCUUCUUUUGGCUAGUUCGGAUAUAUCAGAAUUUCCUAGUGAAAUUAAAUCAUUAAUUCAUUUAAGAUAUCUUGCGUUGUAUAAUGAUGAUUUGAAGGAAGUUCCAUCAUGGAUUGGUCAUCUCCGUAAUCUCCAGACUUUUAUUGUAUCCUCUGAUGAGUUAGAAAAGAUAUCAGAUUCACUUUGGACAAUUGGCAAUCUCAUUCAUGUUGAUCUACAAAAUGCAUCAAGGGUUCCUCCUCCAAAUAUGGGAAAUAAUGUACCAAAGAAUUUGCAGACUUUAGAAGGGGUAAAUGCUGGACCAUGGAUAGGGAAUGCACUUCCAAAGCUCACAAACCUAUGCGAAUUGAGCAUAGAAAAAGUCUCUAAUGAUCAUGCCGAUGCCCUAUCUUCAUCACUCCAGAAAUUGGGUGCGUCUUGCCUCCUUUUUCUAUAG